AUGAACCUCAAGCGAUGGCCGUACGGCAUCACUGACAAGCUGCUUGGUCGGCCGAUUUGGUAUGAGCUGACAAGCGUCUUCUUGUCGGAGAACAAGCUUGCAGGCUUACCCGAGGACUUUUACAAGCUCACAAACUUGAUGGAACUUCGCCUGAACAACAACCAAAUCAAAACCAUCUCACCUUCAGUCGGAUACUUAAGAAACCUCAACAGCAUUUGGUUGCACAGCAAUUUGCUCACAACGCUACCAAGCCAAAUUUCUCACCUCACGGACCUUUCCUUCCUCUCCCUCAACGACAACAAGAUCUCUUUUCUUCCUUUCCAGUUGGCAUCCUUAUCAAAGCUAGAAUUGCAAGCACUUGAUGUCAGCGGGAACUCCAUGACCUCGUUCCCUCCCAUGUUGACCAUGUCGCACAGUCUUCUGAGCAUUGACCUCUCGCUCAACCAUCUCGCAGCUUUUCCUGCCGCGCUGAGGAGCAUGGCGAACUUGAAAGUUCUCAACCUUGCUCGAAACUACAUCCAAAGUAUCCCCUCCGAAUGCGGGUUCUUGUCUUCACUGCAGGAGUUGCUUCUGGCUGGGAACCAGUUGCGCCAUCUCGCAGCGGAGCUGAGACAAUGUACGAGCUUGGAGGUACUGGAUCUGAGCGACAACAAGCUGAAGAAGCUGCCG